GCCUCAAAUAACGAGCUACUUGCCUUCCUCAUCUUUACAUUCAACAAAAAUGAAUAUUCCGGGUAAACUGAAUUUGGCUGAUCCACAUUUCGAUAAACCUGCUCCCAUAGACAUAUUGAUAGGGGCAGACACAUUUUGGGAUCUUUUGAGUAUUGGUCAAAUAAAACUUGGCGAUGGUCUUCCAACACUACAAAAAACUAAAUUGGGAUGGUUAGUAUCAGGUCCUUUACGUACUGCAAGUGAAAGUUUCAAAACUUACCACAGCUGUAUUUCAACACAUAAUUUAGAAUCUCAAGUUGCAAAAUUUUGGGAGUUAGAGGAAUUUCCAAAAAUUUCAUUCCUAUCCGAUGAAGAAAACUAUUGUGAGAAACACUUCAAGGAAACCAUACAGAGAACCAUAGACGGUCGCUUUGUAGUAACAAUUCCAUUUAAACAAAAUGAAUUUGUUCUCGGUCAGUCUAAAACAAUAGCCGAAAACAGGUUUCGCAAUCUUGAGAAAAAACUUGAAAGAAAUCCCAACAUAAAGGUACAAUAUCACCAGUUCAUUGAAGAAUAUAUUCAACUCGGUCACAUGUCUUUAGCUGAACAUCAAAGUGACGAUUCAGGUUUCUUUCUUCCGCAUCAUUGCGUAUUGAAAGAUUCGACAACUACAAAAUUGAGAGUAGUCUUUGAUGGAUCCGCUAAAACCACGACUGGUAUAUCAAUUAACGAUAUCAUGAUGGUAGGACCCACCAUUCAAGAUAAUUUAUUUCAUAUUCUAUUGAGAUUUCGACAACACAAUUAUGUUCUGAGUGCAGACAUAACAAAAAUGUACCGUCAAGUGCUUGUCCAUGAAUCACAACGCGAUUUCCAAAAGAUAUUAUGGCGUUUCCAUCCUGAAAGUGAAAUUCAGGUUUACGAAUUGAACACAAUCACGUAUGGUUUGGCAUCUUCAGCGUUUCUGGCUAUCAGAUCACUGCAAGAAGUUGCACAUCUUAACAAGCAUGAGUUUCCAAAAAUUGCUGACAUUAUUUUACACGACUUUUACGUCGAUGAUCUUCUCACUGGUGGUGACACUGUAGAGGAGAUCAAUUAUAUUAAAGAAAAUAUUUCUAAACUUCUACUCUCCUACGGUUUUCCAUUGAGAAAAUGGAUAUCAAAUAAUAAACAUUUGCUUCUUGAUUGUAAUCCUGAUCUCUUACACAUAGGUGACAGGGAUCAAAAUAAAACACUCGGAUUACUAUGGAAUCCGAUNCAAUACAAUGGAUUAUCUUACUACAAUACUUGA